CAACUCUCUGAGCCCGCAUCGCGGUGCAACAUCUCUCUGACACGUCGCCCCAUGGCAGGGAGUGAAGGAUCCAGCGAUCCGCGAGACGAUUCCGGGCUCGCCGCCAGUCUCGACCAGCUCCAUGUAAAUGCCGCACCUCAUGUUAACCCUAGGCAGCCGAGCCCUAAUCCAUGGGAGGAUGAACAUUCAUCUUUGGAGCUCAAGCCAGCCCACACCCCGGAUCCCUCGAUGCUCGACCCAGCGGUUACUGCACCAUUCAAUAGCUCUGCCUCGUCCUCGGAGGCCCACAUACCGUCCAGCAAGGAUGUCUUGAGCGAGUUCGACCCUCUCGCCAACCAGGAAGAGGUUGAUUCGCACAACGCCUGGGCGAGCGCAGAAGGAAACCCUCCCCCUCCCAUCCCAAAGUCGACGAGACCGCCACCCCUCGUGCCUAAGCCAGAAGAACCCGACGAUACACGACCACAGUCACCACGCACGCCUCCCCCUCAAUCCGACACUUCCCCCCAGACUACGCCCUCUUCCUCCUCUUUUCCUUCGCUCGCGGCUUUUGCGCGUACGUUCUCCCUCCCCGGCCGUGCACGACCACGGCCUACAUCAAUGGACGGUGCCAAGCCAAUCGGAUCACCCAGCACGGUGAUAUCCUUUGCGACGCAACAGCAGCAGCGGCCAGCCGCACCGAACAGCGUGCCAGGCAGCGGUGCGGCGACACCGUCGGGCUUUAGGACAGAUUCGCCGCGGCCUGGCAAAGAUAAGGACCCACCUUUCGAUUUCCAGAAAUUCCUCGAUCAGAUGAAGAGCAGACAAGCGGAUCCGAUUGGAAAGUAUCUUCGGUCCUUCCUGAGUAAUUUCGCGAAACGUUCGUUCACGGUUAAUGACCAAGUCAAGAUUAUUAAUGACUUCCUGAAUUUCAUUUCGGUGAAGAUGCGGGAGAACGAGAUAUGGCGUAAUGCUUCGGAUGCAGAGUUUGAUAACGCUAUGGAGGGAAUUGAGAAGCUUGUGAUGAACCGACUAUACGACUUUACGUUUACCCCUCAAGCUGCCCGGUUGACUCCGCCACGGCCAAUUACAGCUGACGACCUUGAACGAGACCGCGUGCUAUCACAACGUAUUGCUUUGUUCGGAUGGAUUGAAGAGAAGCACCUUGAUAUUCCGGUGGGCGAAGGCAGUCAAGGGUUCCUCAUGUUCGCACAACAAGGCAUGUUAAAUUUGAUACAAUGUCUGAAUGCUCGACCGGGGGCUAAUACUUUCUUCCCUUCAGAACUUCUCAAGGUCAACCAUUACAAGGCGCCUCGUGACAAGCUUAUUUGCAUCCUCAAUUCAUGCAAGGUCAUAUUUGGUCUGAUACGACACUUGCACAAAGACGAAGGAGCGGAUUCAUUUUUGCCGAUAUUAAUCUUCGUGAUUCUGAAGGCUAAUCCUGAACAUCUAUUGUCGAACGUGGAGUUCAUCAAUCGGUUCAGGAACCCCGAGAAAUUGCAGAGCGAAGCAGGCUAUUAUUUGUCAAGUCUGAUGGGCGCCGUUUCCUUCAUCGAAACCAUGGACCAUACUUCCCUAUCUUGUAUAACUCAGGAGGUGUUCGAGCGAAAUGUCGAAGACGCAAUCCAGUCCCUACCUGAUUCCCGACCACAAUCUCCUUCCUUCUCGACUAUCUCAACCUCCACGCCCCGUAAAGGCGUCUCGUCACCUUUACCCGCUUCGCCACAUGCGGGUGAGGAAUCAGCAGAACCCCUUGCCCUACCAGCACCCCAAUCUAUCGGCGAAGAUGCUCGACGCCUGUUACAGAAGACAGGGGAUACGAUCUCGAAGCCUCUCGGUGCCAUCAGCCGAAUCUUUGGCGAGGUCCUAGACGAGAAGCUGACCUACCUCCCGGGCCCCUUCGCGCCGUUCGAAAUCGGCAGAGAGAACAGGCAGGAACGUCAACAGCAGCAACAGGGAUAUCCUGGACAGGCGUCCCAGGCCCAGCAGCAGCACUGGUCCCAUCCCGAUCAGAUUUCCCAAUACUCUAAACCUCCACAGACGCCCAUCGGAGUCGGCGAGAGCGGUCAGCAAGUGGGCGCGUACGGUCCGCCUAUACAGACACCGUACAAGCCGCGCGUGCGACGUGGACCGCCUUCGUCGUCAGGCUUCGCAGGCAUGCCGAGUACACCUAGCACACCACCAGGUAUGGGCUACCAACCCGCGUAUUACGAGGACACGCCGACGCGUCCGGGUGGUGUGCCGUACACAAACCAGGCGCUCGCGAUCGGGCCGUCGCAGCAUGCUCGCUUGGCGCCGCAAUACGGAUUGGGGCCCGGACCAAGCCAGGGGCAGAGUGGCCUAGGGACACCGGUGUCGGGAGGGCAGGGGCAAGGGCCGGGGCCGGGGCAGAGCGCGCACGUCUCGCGGACGCCGACGCCUGCGAUCGACUAUAUGGGCCUGCAGAACGAGAUCGACCUUGCACACGAUCGGGCGCAUGCCGCUGCGAAGGAUACGCUCGUCCAGAUUUUCCCGAGCGUCGAGGUUGGGGUGAUUGAGCUCGUUCUGGAGGCGAACGAUGGUGAUCUUGGCAAGAGCAUUGAGGCGCUUCUGGAGAUGAGUGGCGGGGAGUGAGCGAGUGAGUGGGGGGUGGACGAUUGUGGAGAUUGGAUUGGCGUGGGUUGGCUUUGUGGGUCCUGUUACAUGCGUAUGCACAAUGUUGAUGUGUAUUGGUGUUUAUUAUCCUUAUCAGCAUUUUUCAC